AGUUGGUCCUCAUCCCACAACAGAGCAGAACUGGCUCUGGCUUUUCCAGAACAAGGGUUUGUGGCCUGGGCUGCUCAGCGCUUUCAUCGUGCUCCCGGGGCAGCGCUGGCUGGCAGGGCCGGUCACAGAGGUCUCGCGGCCGAGCUCGGAGCGCGGCCAGCGCGGCCAUGCCGGGGCUGCGGCAGGCGGAGCAGCUGCCGGGGCUGGGACAGCGGGCGGAGAGGCAAAAUGGAUCUCGCUGUGCUCUUGGCAGUGCUCCUGGGACUCUUCAUUGUCAAGGCUCUUUUGUUUCAGCUGAGAAACCCGAGCUCCCCUCCGUGCAUCAGGAGCUGGAUCCCUUGGAUUGGAGCUGCGUUUCAGUUCGGGAAAGCUCCUCUGGAGUUUAUAGAGCAAGCCAGAAACAAGCAUGGACCUGUGUUCACAAUAUUUGCUCUGGGAAAACGGUUCACUUUUGUGACUGAGGAAGAAGGAACUGAGGCAUUUUUUAAAUCUGAAGACUUAAAUUUUGAACAGGCAGUACAAGAAGCUGUCAAGAAUGCAGUCUCUGUUCCUGCAGAAGCAUUUUAUCAGAAUCAUGGUAUCCUCUACAGCAUGAUGAAGGGGAAAAUGAGUCCCACUAAUCUGCACAUGUUCUCGGGCACUUUGUGUAAGGAGCUCCAUGAGCACAUGGCUCACCUGGGCACGGAGGGCACAGGUGACCUCAAUGACCUGGUAAGGCAUGUCAUGUAUCCAGCGGUGGUGAACACCCUGUUUGGGAGGGGCAUCUGCCCAACCAGUCCGAGUGAAAUCAAGGAGUUUGAAGAGCAUUUUCAGAAGUACGAUGAGGACUUUGAAUAUGCUUCUCAGAUGCCCGAGUGCUUCCUGAGGAACUGGUCUAAAUCCAAAAAAUGGCUUCUAAAAUUAUUUGAGAAAGUAGUGUUGGAUGCUGAAAGGACCAACCCUUCAGAGACUGCAUCCAAGACGCUUCUACAACAUCUCCUGGAUAACUUGCAGGGAAAACAUCUAGCUCCCAAUUAUGGUCUCCUGAUGCUCUGGGCUGCCCAAGCAAAUGCUGUACCCGUUGCAUUUUGGACCCUUGCUUUCAUACUCUCUAAUCCUUCCAUUUACAAGAAAGUCAUGGAAGACCUGGCUUCUGUUUUUGGCAAAGCAGGUAAAGAUAAACUGGAAGUCUCUGAGGAGGCCCUGAAAAAGAUCCCUUUCAUUAAAUGGUGCACUUUGGAAGCCAUACGGCUGAGGUCUCCAGGUGCAAUCACCAAGAAAGUCAUAAACCCAAUUAGAAUUAAGAAUUUCACCAUCCCUGCAGGUGACAUGUUGAUGUUGUCACCAUAUUGGUUGCAUCGGAAUCCAAAAUAUUUUCCUGAACCAGAAGUGUUCAAACCUUUUCUUCCCACAGGAUCGUUGGAAAGAGGCAAAUUUAGAGAAGAAUGCUUUCUUGGACAGCUUUGUGGCAUUUGGAGGAGGGAAGCAUCAGUGUCCAGGAAGGUGGUUUGCGAUCAUGGAAAUCCAGCUGUUCGUUGUGCUGUUCCUGUACAAAUACGAAUUUGUGCUGUUGGAUGCAGUGCCAAAGGAAAGCCCUUUACACUUGGUGGGGACACAGCAACCCAUGGCACCGUUACAGGUCCAGUAUAAAUGCCGGGAAUGAAAGUUGUGCAGCACUGACCUUUCUUUGCCAGCCCAUGCUGGAUGGAUGGACCACUGAGCUGUUUCCUAAUCCCACAUCUUCAGACAGCUUCUCUGUCUGCAGAGUUCUUGAUUUCAGCUUUCAAUGCUGUACAUUGUGCUGUGCCAAACCAGUGCAGUCAUACCUGUGCUCUCCCCUGGCUGCCCAUCUCCCAGUGCUUCAAUCCAAGCUCUCCUGCUGCAUUCAUAAUUUGUGGGCCAGUUACUCACUGUCUUUGCAAAUCUGAUAUACUAAACUCACCAACCAAACAUUCAGGACAAAAAGCUGCAGUGUCUGGAAAUCCUCUGUGGAAGCUGUGCCAGAACCAGUGGAGAAGCAGCUCCCUUGGGCCAGGUGACUGCUACCUGCAAGGUGCUUUAAACCAAGGCCAAAGUGGUGCCUCAUGCUAAGAAAUCACAUUGGUAACAACAAACAGGUCCCUGGUGCUAGUGUGCACAAAUCCAGGACAGUCUGAGCAGAGACCUUUGGAUCAGCUCCACAUCCUGAUAAACUGUGGGGACUUGUGUGUCACUGCCUGUGUGGGCAGGUGAAGGUCUGGCCUACUCUGCCUACAACCAGUGCCAACUUCUUGCAAAUAAAAUACAUUUGUAAUGGAAAAAUUGCAAGCCUUUGGGAUCUUCUUCCACUGGAGCACCUGAAAUGUCUGCUGAGCUUUAUUUUGCUCCACAGGAUUCAGAAUCAGUCCUUGCAUGAAUUUGCAAUUAAAGUUUGACCAUGUUUAACUGCCAAUAAAAAGUGAUUGCAAGGAAAGCUGUUCCUGCUCAUGA